AUUUCAUUAUAAGUCCUACAAAUCCCAAUAGGUAUAUAUAUCCUUUGGAAUGUCCCGUCAUAGUGUACGUCCGUGAAUAGUUUUCAUCAUUUAUGAGUAACGUCAAAAGUAAAUGCCAAAAGGCCAUACACUUAUAAUAUAAUAUAUGUGUAAAAGUAAAUUGUAAUCCAUAUUGCUACUAAUAGAUAAGGAAAUAGUAUGUGUCCUAUUUCCAAUUCAUUAUUUGUUAUUAUAUAAUCCCCGGUUAAACGUACGUAUUUUACAGCUAAGUGUUAAUUGUCAGAUUGUACUCGUAUCUGUUAUAAAUGUAUCGAUAGCAUUAUGUGUAUGUUUAGUAAAGUAUUGUAUGUUUGUAUCGUUGCAGGGUAAGAUUUAAGUACAAUAAAUCACUGAUUCGGGGUAUCAAAACUACCAAUGACAACAAGUAUCGUGUCGUGUUACAGGGUUACCACGACUACCAAUAACAAAAUUAGUGUGUCGUGUAACAGUGUUACCAUGACCACGGUUGACGUCGGUAUUAUGUUACGUUAUAGCGCGAUAUAUAGUGACACAAUGAUCAUCAAUGACGCAAGUAGUGUGUCGUGUUAUAAGGUUACUAUGGCUACCUUUUACAACAGUACUAUGGCAUGCUAAGGUUUCCAUGACUACCACUAAUGGAGCAGUGGGUCAUGUAAUUGGUCACUAAUACUCUUAAAUAUCUGAGUUACAUGUUAAUGUACAUCGUGUGGACAAUUUGUUUCCAAAAAUGCACCUGCUUUUGACUUUUUUUCAAUGAGAUUAGAUAAGCUGAUAUUUUAGCACGAUUUUCUUACGUUAUCUCCAUUACGUUUUAUGAGACGAGACCCUGUUUGGACGCAUAAGGCCAUUAACAAUAUAUAAGUGGGUUGUAUUUCAUGUAAAUCAGGUGGAUAUUUUAUAUAUUCUGGUUGCGGAUGAUGCUUGUGAUUUAACGAUUGUACUGAAGAUACGGAGAUGACCGACACACGACUACACUAGUGGGAUUUCCAUCAUCGACGUUAUCUGUGCAGCAGUUAAAGAGAGGUUCAAGUGUGUUGUACCUGCAAUAUGUAUCUCACAGGCAACAGACAUAGGUUCAGUUCAUUCUUUGAUCACUCGCAAACAAAUCCCAUUUAAAUUGAUGAUACAACAAUUGUUUCAUAGACCUUAAAUCAACUUUUGUAUACAUCUCAGGAUCUACAGAGAUGAAACACUGAAAUACCGACUGACGGCUGAUGAACGUUUUAGUCGUUAUUAUUCAUUUAACAAGAAAAAACAGUAAACUAGAACUAUGAAAUGAGUGUUUUAGAAUACUUUUUCUAUUUUUCAAAUUGGAUAUUACCUUUAUUUCGUAUAUACUCAUGGCAGCACCAACAAGAAAAAACAUAAAUGAGCUAAAAUAUGACGUUUUCCUCAUUCAUUCUUCAGACGACAAAACCGUUGCAUUCUAUGUAUCCAAAAAGCUGGAACAAUGCGGUAUCAGAACUUGUAUACACGAACGGGAUUUUCUAGCGGGUUUCUCAAUAUUUGAAAAUAUAGAAGUAGCUAUUAGGGAAAGUCGCAAAUUUCUUGUACUGAUAUCUCAAAAUAACAUCAAAGAUGGGUUCUUUGAUUAUGAAUUACAGCAGAGCUUAUUUCAUGCUUUGAUCAUGCGCAAGAAAGAAUCAGUAAUCCCUUUUGUUAUUGAUGGUGCACGUAUUCCACAAAUGCUUGAUAUAUAUAAACCUUUGGAACAGUCUGAUCCGGAGUGGUUUGACAAACUUACAAGUGCCAUUGAGUGCCAAACUACAUUUGAAGAGAUCAACUUCCCUCCAGAAAAUAAAUACCAUGUAAUCUCGGUAUCUCAUAUAGAUUCUGAUUUAAGCAAAUCCUCAAUAUCAGUAGCCCUAAAUUUAAUCAAACAAAAAGUGGAACAACUACACAACAUUCGAAUAGCAAAACAGAACGUCGAUGAUGAAAGUUACUGUCUCCGAUAUGCAAAAGACGACUCUACGGAACAAGAACUAUCCCCCAUUGAAGCCUUGGAGAAGAUAUUAGAUAUGACAGGGAAAACAAAUACAGUCCUAUUACUUUGGAUUUGCCAGUCGUUCAAGAAGGAUGACAUGAUCGACGACUUUCGGAAGUCUUUGUUACUAUCGCUGAGUGACAGACCAGGAAGUCCCUCAAUCAUACCUGUUCUUCCAAACGACGAGGAGAAACCACCAGAUUUCAUCAAAGACAUAUCGUAUCUUCCUGUCAAGUAUGAAGGAGCUGAAUGCACGAAGGAAUUUCUAACUCGUUUCAAUGAAACUGUAGCCAGAGCAGCUUUCAUGAAAUCCUACGUGGGACCACUGCAAACAGAUUUUGGAACUCAAUCGAAAGAAGAUUUUGAAACACGAUCUGAUACGAACAUUUUCAGGGUUUCGGAAAUUGAAGGUGUGUUUAAGGACGAAGAAGAAGGAUCGCAAAGGUAUCUUGGUGUGUCGUUUACUGGAGAUGGAUACUUAUUGGUACUAGAUGCGGACAACAAAUGUCUCAAGAAGGUAACUAUUAUGGGUCGUCCGAUUAAGAAGCUUCCGUUCAAAAAAAUGCCGAACCGACUUUCACGGAUAGACGAUGACCACGUGGCAAUGAUAUACAGGGACACAUUUGAAAUACUUAUCAUCGACACCAAAGCAAUGACCAUUGAAGACACUAGGGAAAUCAGAGAUGAACAAUGCAACAAAACUAUACUAAAAGGCAUCACUGCUAUUGACAGAGACACCAUGAUCGUGACAGUGAGCGGUGAUAAGUGUUCGUUAAACAUAGCAUUGGUGAGGAAAGAAAAGAUCUUAUCCAAAAUAAUAACAGAUCCAGAUGGUAAUGAAUUCUCCAUGCCUAGACGAUUGAGCAGAGUAGAUAAAAAUACGGUAGUCGUAGCUGAUGAAAACGACAGGCGCCUGGCCUUGGUACACCACGAUGCCAAUUCUGAACAACCUCUAAAAGUUGAGUUCGCACAGAGCCGAUGGAACAAAGACCUGUACAAUGUACGGGGACUGGCGGCUCACGCGGAGACCGUGUACGUAGCGGCCUGUAAUGGUGUUAACACAUUUGAUGUCGACGGAAGAGCACUGUCUAAACAACCCCUCAUUACCUUUCGCUCAAAUGUUAUCCACACCCGUGCCCUGGCGCUGUAUUGCAGUCCCUCUACACAGAGGAAGUACCUGGCAGUGUCGUUAGCAGAGCAGAAAGAUGGCAAACCCGUGAAGGACGUCGUAAAAGUGUUUGACAUAACGACCUGAUCUUUGAUUAUCACGAUGUGAUAAAGCGAUUACAAGUUUGUUUAAAACAAAUCACUGUGACAAACGUUUGAAUUUAUACAGCAAAAUACCUGAAACAUUUAAAGGUUUAAAAGAUUUUCUCUGCAUCAUUAGAAGACCAUAAAAAAAUGGCAUUUGCAUGCUUGGAUAAAGAGCUACUGCAUUUUUCCAAUGAAUCAUUUUGAUCUAUAUUAAGGUCAUGGGGGUUUUGACAACACAAUGUCGAAAACAAGGUAUUGGUAAAAGAACAUCUGAUGUAGUAUUUACUGUUUAAAAAAGUAUGACAGGUUCAGAUAGUAUUGUACCAGUAGCAAGGGUCGUACUCGUAGUAGACAUUAAUUGUAAUAAGUUAUUGUAUUUAUUAACUUUGCUUUGUUGAUUUGUUUUGUUAUAUUUUGAUUUUAUUUAAUAGAACUUUAUUGAUGUAUAACAUAUCUAUUUUUACUUCAUAAAGCUGUGAUUUAUUUACAAAAUAUAAUAAUCCAAUUACAUUAUGAAUGAGAAUGUGCUUGCAUGAGUCUAGAGUUAUCUUGUAUGAAACUUUAAUUUAAUUUUAGAAUUAUCCUUUUUGAUAUAUUAGUUUAAUUUCUUAUUUAUCAAUAUCCUAGAAUGCACUAUUGAAAAGUGGUGAUUUAUUUGUUACAUUGUGUUUAUUCGUCACAUUUUGUUUAUUUGCCACUUUAGUAUUAAUUCAUAGCGUGUAAUUUUUACAUUAUUUUUUAUCUGUUAAAUUGUAUUAUAUCGAAGAUCCGUUGAACUUAUGCCAUUGCGCAGCGUCCGUCGUCCUCGUCUGUCGAGUUAUUCAAAUGCUAUCAGUCCUUAACGGCUUAGUGGAUCGAACCAAAUUUGGUCUGAAGCAUCAUUGGGCAAAGUGAACUCAGUUUUGCAAAGAAAAAAAGGUGUGUCGUCCCCACCCUAUAACCAAAAAAAGCAAUGUCUAGGCAUGAAGAGAAGAAGAUGCUUAUGAUACCAGGAAUGGCUCGGAGACUCACCUGUGGGGACCAACUCAUCGGGUUAUAAUAUGGAAACAGUUGAGAUUCCAACCCCAUUACCAUAACCAAAAUUACUGUGCAUGAGGAACACCACCAUGUCCUUGGUGUCUAGCCCACCCAAAGGGUUUUAUUCCUUCUUGUAGCUUAUAUUUCUUGUGCUCCUUAGAUAAACUGAUAUGGCAUUCAGCUAGUUUUAAAAUUAAAAUUAAGAUAUCAGGUGAGCUAUCAAGGUCCAUUGAUCUCUUGUUCAAUUUGUCAUUAUUUGUCAUUUUGUGUUUUUUCUUUGAAUUAAUAUUUGUUUGUUACAUGGUAUUUAUUUGCCACAUUGUUUCCCUUCUGAAAGCGCUUGCUCGUUAUUUUGUGUUUCUUAAUCAGAGAAUCAUAUCUAUACACAAUAUAACGUGUUGUACUUCUGAGAGGAUUGCAAUGAGAAGUGCUUUUACCUCUAAUAGGUUUUAUCAGCGUUUGGUUUUAUAACAUAAUAUCCAAUAGUGUGUAAAAACGUGUUAUCAGUUUUUAUCUGAUGGAGUACACUAUGUUGCCUUGUGCAACGGGCAUAAUUUUACACGCGAUGUAAACACUUAUGCAGUUGUUUGAGCUAGUUCGAUAUGAUCUAUGUCGAGUGCAGAUUAUAUAUGUGAUACAGUGUACCUAGGUACCCUUUAUGGUACCUUACUCAGACUAGUAUAUUGUACUUUGUAAGACCUAGUUCAAUUCGUAUAUUAUACGUGUUGAUACCUUGUAUAUUGCUCAAGCAAGUAUAUAAUGUGUAUUAUACUAGUAUAUUGUACUUUGUAAGACCUAGUUCAAUUCGUAUAUUAUACGUGUUGAUACCUUGCUCAAGCAAGUAUAUAACGUGUAUUAUACAUUACUUAAAGAAGUAUAUUUCAUGCCUAUAAAACAAGGCACAAACUAGAAACUUGCACGUAUAAUGCCAAACUAUGAUUUGUAUUUGUAUGCGUAAAGACAUAACUUAAAUUAAUAUAUCACAUGCGUGUAGUAAAUAAUUGAAACCAGAGUAUUAUUUUAGCAAUAUACCUAGCUGAAUCAGGAAUGCUACAUGUGCGUAAUAUCUUACUCAACCUCAACUUAUACUUAACCUUUAACUUUACUUGUGUGUUUUUCUUUAUCUAAACUAGUAUUUAUCUAACUUAAUCUAAUUUAUUGUAUGUGUGAAAUAAAUACUCAACUCAAUCUAAAAUAUUACAUGGGUUUAUACUUAACUGAAACUUGUAUCUAACAUGUUAUGCUUAACCCAAGCUAGUUUAUUACAUGUGUGUAAUACUUAAAUUAAACUAGAAUAGUUAUGUGUUUUUGUCAAAUUCCAAUGAAUGAAUUUAAUGUGGUAUACCUAGCUCAAAGUAAUACAACAAAGCUCAAAUUAUCAAAACUGUAUAAUACAUGUUUGUAAUAACUAGCUAAUUCAUCAUGCCACCAUAUUACAUGUGUGUUAUGUGUAGCUAAAUCUUAAAUGUUUUAUGAAUUUCAUACAUAGACAAAUCUUUAGGUUUCAUCGUUUCAGAGUGUUUUGAAUUCGGUAUAUUAACACAAUUCCUGUUUGUAAUUGAAUUGAAAUAUAACAUUCAGGUAGCCACUAUUGCUCUCUUUUUUAUACAAAAAAUGAAACCAGAUAUUUUUGAACAAAACAAAGAGCAAUCAAAUUGAUGGCGAGUGGUCCAUUCAUUAAGUUUCCACGAAUUUGACACUUAAAAUAUAAAUAUAUGUAAGUAUUGAGUUGAAUUGAGUGUGCAUCUCAUUGAGCCUUGGUGUUAAAGUAGUGUGUUUACCUAUUUAGAGGAGACGCACCAGGUCUAGAUUACAUUGGUAUGUCAUUGAUAAGAUUACAACAACAAAAAUCAGAAUCUAAUCUAUUGUAUUUAUACUCUACUAAAGUACUCUUGAUAACUUGAGAGGUGCUCUUGACAAAAAUAUCGAAAUAAUUGUAAAACCUCACAUAGAUGGAGGUUUGCUAGGUAUCAAACAAAAUCCAUUACCCAUUGUUAUGACAUUGAAUGUGCUUUAAGCAAGAAGACUUUAUUCCGAUAUGAUUCAAACCUAUUCAGCAACUUUAUCAAACAUCGAUAUUUUUUAGACAUACUUUAUUAAUGCCCUUCAUUAAUCUAACUCUCCAGUAUAAUUGCCAUAUAUUUUUUUAAACAGAUUUGCUUGAAAAGUGUGUUAAACAGUACAAACCAUUUAUGAAUUUCUCACUUACAUUUAAAGUCCACUGAUCUCAUUUCUGACAAAACAUAUUAACAUUUAAUCCAUUUCUAGACUCCUCUGAGACAAAGAGACAUCGACAGUAAUAACGUAUUUUGUAGAAAAUAUAGAAUAUUUAUUGUGAAAUUAAUGAAAAGACAAUCUCGUACAAAACCCUGGCUGGCAAUAAAAUGGUCUGCUGCAAUCCACAAAUUCUCCUUUUACCAACCAACAUUUACAACCAGAUUUUAUGACUGUAGACGGUUAGCGACCCCCAAAACAAUAUCGGACAUGAUGUUAAUCCAAAAAGGGAGAUGGUGUUUGUUCUAGCAUAGGAUGGUUUUUCGAAAUGAGGACAUCCCUUCCCAAAAGUCCAAUGAUAUAAGUAUAUCUCAUAUGCCUAAGAAAAGAUUUGCAUGAAAUGGGAAAAGAUCGUCCUGAAAAAAAACUAAAAUAUCCACUGCACAAUAGAUUUUAUUAUUUAAUCGUAGCUUUAGAUUGACAGAGUGAGAGGUGUCUAUUGUUCAUAAUAAAGCAUCUUAUGAC